AUGCGUAUGAGUGCAGGGAAGUGUGGUAAAGAACGUUUAGUGCAAGUGAAAGGUGCAGGAAACGAUAGUGAAGUGUUGCAGGAGUGUUGCGCUGUUGCUGUAGUGCUGCGCUUGACUGUAGCUGACGAUGGAAGCAGCAGUCGUUUAACAGCUCACCGACGUAAUGGAAAAAAAGGCAGUGCAGAUGGUCAUUCUAUUACGUCGGUGAGUCAGAUUUUGCGUACCACAUGA